GGGAGUCAUAAGGCAUCGCUCAAUACCAUAACCGUCAUCGCCAAGUAGUACAACAUUUGCUUUAUUUAUUAGUUGUGAUCUAGUCUGUGAAUUUCUCCAUUUUCUGGAAUCAUGCACUGAUUAAGGCCAACUGACAUCAACACUUGUGAACAUCUCUCUGGCAUCACAAGUGGCUUGCACAUUUAAAGUAGGUUUCCCUUUUCGAUUGAUAUACUCAUCUCCAUGGUGAAUCAAUUACACCAAUUGCUCUCGGAAAUUUAUACAUGCUUUGCCAUAUCCGCUUGGCCUCCAUCAGUUCACGGUUGGUAGUUGGAAACUUGAUCCAUUCGUUCGAUUGUGCAACUAUGCUGUUCACAACCCUAUCCACAGUCCGUGAUACCGUUGCUUGCUUAUCUAACACCAAGUUCCUGACCAAUACCUUGUUGAUAUCCAGGGUCACCGAGAUGGCGUAG